AUGGACAACUCUUUGCUCGCCCAGAUCCAGCGCGGGAGGGAGCUCAAGAAGACGGCGCCUCCUACAAGCCCCGCUCCUGCUCUGGGCAAGAUCGUCGACACUGAUAUCUCCCAUCGUCACGGCACCGACGAUCGUGCUGCGACCACGCGGCCGCCUCCCGGCGGGAUGUUUGCUGGCGGAUUCCCCACGCUGCGAAAGUCGUCUGAGCUCAGUGCUUUGCCGACAGAGCGCCGCGAGAAGCCUGCCGCCACCGCCGCGGGGACGACCACGCGCUACUCUCUCGGCUGGCCGCCGCCAUCGUCGCUGCCGCCACCACCCAAGGCGUGCAGGGCAAAGAAGGCGGUGGGCCACGAGGCGACGGCGCGCGCCGACUUUGAGGAGUGCAUCCGGCUCCGCGAUGCCAUCGAAGAGGGCAUCGCCACGCUCGAGGCGCGCAACGCCUCUCGGCCGCCCCCGCGCCAUCACUGA